CUCGAUAUCAUGGCGUCUAUUACCUGCAGCUCUGGCAAGGCCGCCGUGGUCUCGCGCGCGAAGACCGCGCGUCCGGUGGCUCGCCGCAUGUCGGUGGUUGCUUCGGCCGCGCCCCAAGGCAACGCCUCUCGUCGUGAGCUUCUGGGCCUGUCGGCCGUGGCUGCCUCGCUGCUGCUGAGCUCGCGGCCCGCACAUGCCAUCUUCGGCUUUGCCGACGACAACACCGCCCUGUUCGAUACCUACACCGCCGAGACCUCGGCCAUCCUGGACAAGGUCAAGGUAACUCUGGCGCUGGACAAGGAUGACCCCGCCAAGGAGGACUCGGUCAAGGGCCUGCGCAAGGACAUCAACAACUGGGUCGCCAAGUACCGCCGCGAGCCCAAGGUGUCGGGCAAGCCCAGCUUCGGCAACACCUACUCGGCCCUGAACGCGCUGGCCGGCCACUUCAACUCGUUCGGCGCCACCGCCCCCAUCCCCAAGAAGCGCCUGGAGCGCCUCCAAAAGGAGCUGGACGACGCUACCCUGCUGCUGACCCGCAACCGCUAAACUGACUGGCGGUUGAACUCUUGGAGUGGGGCCGAGUGGACGCACGGAGGCGCUGCGUGGAGGAGCGGCUCAGCUUGGGAGGCGCCUGGCAAGAGCAGUGACUGCGGCGCGGCCCGUGCGCCGUCAGCACAGCACUGCACCGCACGCAGGCGCAGGCGCAGGUGCCCCACAGCAGUGCAUAUGGCUGAGGGGCUGGCCUAGCAGCGGCACAGGCCACGGGGGCGAGGGGCCGCUGAUGACGAGGCAGGGGGUGCUCCGCUGCCGCAUUUGACAUGUUGGAUGCACACCGCAGCGCACCGGCGGCGUGUGCGGUGCGGAGCAGAGCGCCUGGGUGUUUGUGUUCCGUUGUGUAUGUGUUUUGAGCUCCCGUUUUUUGUCGAUCCGUUUAUUUGCACUCGGAUGAUGCGGGCCCAGCUCUCGGCGCGUGAGCUGUGUGUGUUGUGUACAUGAGAGAAGACUAAUCGGGCUUCGGACGUUUCUAGGCUGCGCUAGAUUCCACAGCGCGCCUGUUCCCAUUCUCCCCGCUGCCAAACCUACAGAACACAUGGCAGACGGCAAACCUAUUCUUGUAAAAUGAACUGAGC